UUAGAGUACGAAGUAGCAAUCAGAGGUUCUAACCCUGAAAGCACCGUACAAGAGCUUAGGAAGCAAAUCGCUAAACUAGCUCCCAUUUUUCCAUCGGAAGACAUUUUAGAUUCGCCAUUUGGUACAGCUGAGGACCUCGUAGGAGUUUCAAAUGUUUUAACAAAGAUUAAGUCAUCGAUCGAGGGUACCGAGCUCGAUCGUAAUAACGUUUUAAGAGUUAAAAAUUUAUUAAAUCAUCUGUAUCAUCGCUUAAAUAGGAUACAUAGUAGUGGGACCGAAUCAGCCAUUUAUGGUUCUUGCGUUGACCAAUUUAAAAUGUACACAAAUAAAGUUCAAUCUCUUAAAGAUAAAGACAUAAUUGAUCCAUUGCUUUGUCAAGGUACCAGUGAAUCAUCCAUAUCAACCACCCCAAUGAACAUAUCUGUAACUUGUGAUCGAUCUUCUCAAGAUAUUAUUAAAUUAAAAUAUGAUGGCAAAACUUGCGUUCGAUCUUUUGUUCAAAGGGCAAUUGAGUUCAAACAGGCGCGAAAUAUUUCUGACAAUAAGUUGCUUUCAUUUGCAACCGAAAUAUUUACUGGAGACGCUUUACACUGGUUUCGCAGCAAUAGAGAUCUUAUUUCAGAUUGGGAUAGCCUUUUAAUUCUUUUAAAAAAUGAUUUCGAUAGGUCUGAUUAUGAUUAUAGACUUUUAUCAGAAAUUCGCUCGAGGACGCAGGGUGAAUCAGAAAACAUAGUUAUUUAUUUAUCUAUUAUGUCUGGAUUGUUUUCGCGUCUUUCGAAAACUCUCUCAGAAGAUAGUAAACUGGAAAUUAUUCUGCAUAACAUCCGCCCUUGCUACUCAACUAUAUUAGCUUCUUCUCCCGAAAUUAAAUCAAUUGAUGAACUAAGAUCUCUUUGCACUAAUUUCGAAAAAGUUCAAGCACGCCUAUUGCAUUUUCGCGAACCACCAGCUCCUUCGUCAGAUACUUUAGCACCCGAAUUUGCCUACUCUAAAUCCAAAGCAAAAUUUAAUCAAAAUUACAAUUUUUUUAACAAAUUUAAUAACAAAAAUGCACAUAAUAAUACGGAUAAUCAAAAUUAUAAUCACAAUAACAGAACAUACACAUAUAACAAUAAUAAAAAUUUCAAUAAUCAUUCGGAAAAUCAACUUAAACAAAACCAUAAAUUUAUACAUGCUAUAGAUACGCCUAAACGUCGUUAUUGUCCAAGGUGUCGUACAGAUUCUCAUGGUUUACGCCAAUGUACGGCUGACAAGAGUAACAUCUUCUGCUUUGUUUGUGGCAAAAAAGAUGUUAAAACCCCGCAAUGCCCUGAUUGUAACAAGGCAAAAGGUAUUAAAUCAGUCCAAAAAAACUGAAUACCCGGAACUGUAGUAUUAAUCAUUUUGAUAAAAAUGAUUGGCAACGUUGGUUGCAAACCAUCUCAAAUUUUUUCAAGUCUUAUAAGCUUACUGCAGUUCUGUCUAAUAAACCAAAUAACGAUUCUAGGCCUUA